UGUCAUAGACAAUCAUACCUCACCAGUUAUCGUUUGACUAAAGGCAUCGUUCUCGUUGACGAGCACUCUAGGUAUUCUCUCUGUCUCUGAACUCAAUAUUUAUCAAUCUAUUUGUAUACAUACGGAUUUACUUAUGUACACGUGUGUGUAUGGAUUCACUAGAGAAGCUCAAUUGUGCUUUGAAACUGACCGAAGCUCGAAAAGAGCGUGCAGAGAAAGCGAUUCUUUCUCUGUUUGCGGAGUGGAAGAAUCUAGAGAGUCAUCUAAAUUCUUCCACUCAUCAAUUGUUACAUGAUUGCUUCACCGAUAUUCAAUCGAGGGAGGCUCGGUUGAACGAGGUGAAGCAAUCUGUAACAAGUAGUAAUCGUGAACUUGAUGAGAUUAGGAGGAGUUUGGAGGAGAGGAUGGAGGAUGUGGAGAGGAGGGAGAGGGAGGUGAAGCGUGAGGAGGGGAGAGUUGAGGAGAAGAGGAGGGAGGUGAAAUGUGUGUUCGAGAGGUUUGGGAUGGAGAAGAGGGAGGUGGAGGGGAUUAGGGAGGUGAUUGAGGAGAGGUUUGAGGUGGUUAGGUUGAAGGGGAAGAGUAUUGAGAAUCUGGAGGUGAAGUUGGAGGUGAUACGAGGGAAUUUGGUGGAGAGGGAGAAGGAAGUGGCGAUGAUGCGGGAGGUGAAUGAGAAGAGGAGUAAGGAGGUUGCGAGUAUGGAGGAGGGUUUAGUUUUGAAGGAGAAGGAAAUUGAGACGGUUAAGAAGAUUACGCAUGAUUUGUGCCACGAGGUUAAUUUGCAGAAGGAGAAGUCGGAUUUGGAGAAAAGAGAGGUUGAGGAGAGGGUUAAGGAGCUUAAAAUAAGGGAGAAAGAGCUUGAAGAUCGGUUGAAACAGUUUGAAUUGAAAGAGAAGCGGAUAAAGGAGUCGGUGGAAGCUUUGGAUUUGAAGAAAAAAGAAAUGGAGGCGAAGAAUGUUCCAUCUGAAGAAAGAGGUAGGAGAAUUGAAAUUAGGGAGAAAAAACUUGAAAAGCAGCUGAAAGAAUUUGAAUUGAAAGAGAAGUACUUUAAGGAGUGGGUGGGAAGCACGAACGUGAAGGAGAAAGAAAUUGAUUUGAAGAAUACCUUGUGUGAAGAAAGAUGCAGGGAACUUCAACUUCGGGAGAAAAAACUUGAUGAUCAGAUGAAAGAAUUUGAAUCGAAAGAGAAGCUGUUCCGAGAACGGGCUAAAGCUAUUGAUUUGAAGAAAAAAGGAGUCGAUUCAGGGAAGAUUUUGUACGAACAAAGGUGCGAGAAACUCAAUUUGAUGGAGAAAAACCAUAAUGCAUUGUUGACAGAGUUUAAAUUAAAAGAGCAGCAAUUAGAAGAUCGCGUCCACAGUUUUCAGAAGAAGGAGAAGGAAGUCGAUUCAAUCCGAUUAUCAUGUGAAGAAAGAUGCAGGAAAUUUGAGUUGGAGAAGAAAAACGAAUUUGAAUUGAAAGAGAAGCACUUCAAAGAAUGGGUUAAAACCGUUGAUUUGAAGGAGAAGGAAAUUGAUUCAGUGUGGAUUUUGAACGAGGAAAGAUGCAAGAAACUUGACUCGAUGGAGAAAACUCUUCAUGAAUUGUUGACUGGAUUAAAAUUCAAAGAGCAAAAUCGAGUUGAAACUAUUGAGGCAAAAGAGAAAGAAGUCGAUUUAAUUAGAAUUUCAUGUGAAGAAAGAUGCAGAAAAUUUGAGUUGGAGAAGAGAAAACUUGAAGACCAGAUGAAAGAAUCCGAAAUUAAAAGGAGGCAGUUAAGCAAUGUUGAUCACUCAAUUGUAAAACCUGAGCCAUGCAUUGUUGAUAAUUCAUAUGCAGAUAUAAGAUUUUCUAUUACUAUGGGUGGAAAGAAUUUGCUCUUGUAUUUAAUUAAUCAGAAGAGGGAUCUUGAUUCCAUGACCGAAGAAGUUUCUAGGGCUCUUAGGAUGUCAAUGAAUCCUGGAAAAUUAGUUUUAGAUGCAAUGCAAGACUUUUACCUGAUAAUAGAGGAUAAGGAGUUCGAAGUGGAUGUAGUUUGUAAAAGUAGCAUUCUUUUGUUGGAGCAGCUGAGGAGAAUAUCUACUCAGAUUCCACCACGGCUUAAAAAAGCAGCAAUGGAAGUUGCACACGAAUGGGAGAAUAAAAUGAAGAGCUCAGGGGAGGUUACUGUUUUCCUGAACCUCUUAGCUUCCUAUGGGUUGGGGUCUUCUUUUGACCCAGAAGAGUUCUUAAAUCUUUUUGAGGUUAUUCAUCAGCAUGUAAAAAUUUCAAAUUUAUGCCAGCUCCUUGGUUACCCUGAUAAAAUUAAUCUUAUCGAAAUGAUGUUAAAAAAGCAGCAGCAUGUUAAAGCUCUUAAAUAUAUAUGUGUUUUUGGGCUGCGGGACAAGUUUCAGCCUGCAUCACUACUGAAGGACUUGUUGAAGAAUGCUGAAGAGACGUCAAACACUUUGCGUGAGAAUAGUGACUAUCCAGUUGAUAAAAAAGAUGAGGUCAUUGACAACAUUGUAGCUUCACUAAGAGAGGCACUUGUGUGCAUUUUUCAUUACAAACUUGAAUCUGAAUACCCUCCAGAAUGCAUGGAUGGAUUUAUUAAACAGCUUAUACAAGAGAAGGAAGAUGAAAAAGUUAGGUUAUCAGCCUCUAACAAUAGUGCAACAAAACAAGAGGCUGAGAAAAAUUGUAAAUCACUUACAGUUGUACCCGACCCAGCUGAGGGCUGCACUACUACGCUUACCAGCCCUUUUUUGUGCAAUAGGAAUGCCCUGGCUUUCAUCCUUUCUAACAUGGGCGCAAAAAGUUUGCAGGUUUUCUUGAGUGAAAAUUCAGAAGACCAUGAACUGCUAGGCUAUGAUAUUUUCAACUUCCUCAAAUUAUUGAAGGACCCUGCAAAGCUUGUCCUGAAUACUAUUAAAGGAUUUGAUACACCGCUUUUGGAGAGAGAUAAGUAUUAUGAAUCCCCUGUGUUCAUGAAAAGUUGCAUUCUUUUGUUAGAACAGUUCAUGAAACAAUCACCUGAGAUUGAACCACAUGUGAAAGAGGACGCAAAGAAACUUGCAUGUAAUUGGAGAGUGAAAAUGAGGACUCCUGUUCAGGUCUUGGGCUUUUUGCAUCUUAUUUCUGCCUAUGGUCUUAUAUUAAGUUUUGAGGUCAGUGAGCUUGAGAGGCAUUUUGAAUUUGUGUCAUGCAUUAAACAUGCUCCGGAGUUGUGCCAAGUCUUCCGAUUCUCAGAUAAGAGACCAAAUCAGACCACAAGUUCAAGUAUCUGUGAUUUGCAUCCAAAGAAUACUCCUGGCCUCGAGAUUGACCAAAAGGAAAAUGAUGAAAAUAAAUUAAUUCACUCUGCGAAUUAUGCUAAACUUGUUCUAGAUGCAAUUCAAAGCUGUUAUUUCUCGAACUGUGGAAAUGUUAAAUCUGUUGUAGCGAAAUGUUUUAUUAUAUUGCUAGAACAACUAUUGAAAAUGUCACCUCAAAUUCAACCUCAUGUCAAAGAGAAAGCUGCCAAAUUUGCAAUGGACUGGAAAACACUGCUUGUAGGUUAUAAUAACAGGAAGCCUGCAGAGGUUUAUGGACUUUUUCAUCUUUUGGCGGUCUAUAAAGUGGCUCCUGCUGUUGAUUCAGAAGAACUUCUUGGCUUCUUGGACUGCGUUUAUUUACGAAGGACAGCUCCCGAAUUAGUUCGGCACACGGGACUGUCACAUAGAAUUUCUGAUUUCAUAGAAAGGAUCAUUCAAAAGGGGGACAGGAUUCAGGCCAUCCGAUACAUAUAUGAGUUUCAUCUUGUUGGAAAGUUCCCUCCGGUGCCUAUUCUCAAAGAUCACAUAAGCUCUAAAAUAGUGCCGGGUAAUGUCAUAAGCAGACAACUUGCUGCCCUUAGAGAAGUGAUAAGAUGCAUCACAGACCAUCAGCUUGAGGUUGAGUAUCCACCUGAUAAUCUUUUAGCACAAUUAGAGCAGCUACUAGAGCAGGCUAAGGUCACAGGAGUAGCGUGUCAAUCGUUUACGAACUUCGCGAUUAAACCACCAGCUGCAUCUGGGCCUGAAGCUCAAACACAAAAGUUCGUAAAUACACCACAUGCAGCAUCUGGGCCUGAAGCUCAAACACAUACGUUCGUAGAUACGCCACAUGCAGCAUCUGGGCCUGAAGCUCAAACGCAUAAGAAGUUCGAAAGGAAAAGGUGUGCUGAUCCUGUACCUAAAGCUCAAACACAAUGCCAUGUCAGCAAACAUCCGCGGAUCGAAACACAAUGGCAUGUCAGCAAACAUCCGCAGAUUGGCCCACCGGCAGGAACUCCCUUGAAUGUUCCAUUCCCUGCUUUUGGCACAAUGACAAACUUUGCCAACUCUCAGGGGGCCUAUAUGCAGCAUGUGCCCGAAGCUCAUAUGCGAUGGCAUAUCAGCCAACGUCAGCAGAUUGAACUAGCAGGGCCUUCCUUGAAUGUUCCAUCUCCUGCACUUCACUCAGUAACGUACUUCCCUAAACAUCCGUUUUUUGUCAAUCCACAGAAUGCACUACAUGGUCAACAUCCGCAGAUUGAAAUAACAGGGCCUUCCUUGAAUGUUCCAUCUCCCGCUCUUCACUCAGUGACGAACUUCCCUGAACAUCCGCUUGCUGUCAAUCCACAGAAUGCACUACAUGGUCAACGUUCACAGAUUGAACAAGCAUGGCCUUCCUUGAAUGUUCCACCUCCCGCUCUUCACUCAGUGACGAACUUCCCUAGACAUCCACUUGCCGGCAAUCCACAUAAUGCACUACAUGGUCAACAUCCGCAGAUUGAACAAGCAGGGCCUUCCUUGAAUGUUCCACCUCCCGCUCUUCACUCAGUGACGAACUUCCCUAGACAUCCGCUUGCUGGCAAUCUACAGAAUGCACCACAUGGUCAACAUCCGCAGAUUGAACAAGCAGGGCCUUCCUUGAAUGUUCCAUCUCCCGCUCUUCACUCAGUGACGAACUUCCCUCAACAUCCGCUUGCUGUCAAUCCACAUAAUGCACUACAUGGUCAACGUCCGCAGAUUGAACAAGCAAGGCCUUCCUUGAAUGUUCCAUCUCCAGCUCUUCACUCAGCGACGAACUUCCCUAAACUUCCGCUUGUUGUCAAUCCGCAAAAUGCACAACAUGGCUGACUUGAUUUCGGAUCAUAGCGUUCGUAGAGUACCAAGUUAGUUAACUUAGCUUCAGUGAUCUGUUAUCGAUGUUAAUGUUCAUAACUACAUCUUGUGUCUUGUGAUGUGUAACUGUAGAGUUCGAUGUAACGUAUCUUGUAUUGUAAAAACUUACUCAAGAAAAUGAAAGAUGCUGCCAAAAAUGAGUUGCUUUUUAGUUGCCAGAAA